UAUAGUACGUUGAAGCACCGAGAAUGCUUCGUCAUGUACCCGUGACGUUGGUAAAUGUCCGACUUUACUCCGUAAACAUGGACAUUCUCCUAUCACGAGGAGGAUAUAAGCUCGAGGUUGCUUGAAGUUAUUCUUUGUUGCAGGUUUCUACAUUCUCCCCAGCAAGAUGCAGAGCAAUUCAUGGCCAGAGCGAUUUGUUGACUUGAAGCGCCAGAUAGUCGAGGCUACUCCCGACUAUGAAAAGCGUCUCACAGAAUCUUGGAAGGAUCUCAUCCAAGAGCUUAACAAGCGUACCGCAGAGAUUGCCGAAGUUGGCCCGGAUUAUAUCCCCCAAGUCAAAUACGAGGACCUUGCUAAGCUCACCACUGAGGAACUCGAUGUUAUUCGACGCAAAGGCACCGUCGUGAUCAAGGAUGUUGUCGAUGAUAAUGAAGCCAUUGGGUGGAAAAAUGCCCUUGAUGACUUCGUCAAAGCUAAUCCCCAUGUUCAAGGAUUUCCUGAGCAGGACAAGCAAUUUUUCAUGCUGUACUGGACACGUUCACAAGUGCAAGCUCGCGCACACCCUAAUGUCCUUAAAGCUUCCGCAUGGCUAAACCAGCAGUACCAUGUCAAGUCAGGCAAGCCACUUGAGGGCGUUGACCUCAACGUUCCCCUCGUGUAUGCCGACCGAUUCCGUAUUCGUCAUCCUGGCCCAGGAUGGAACAGGUUCCCCCCUCACGUCGAUGGUGGUGCAAUCGAGCGCUGGGAAGAUGAAAGCUUCCGUAAAUGCUACGCUGAUAUUCUCAGUGGUAACUGGCGCGCGCAUGAUCCAUAUGAGCUUGAGGGCCGUCUGGAUGCCCGUAGCUCGUUAUAUGGUAGACCAGGACAAGCGACCAUAUUCAGGUCCUAUCAAGGCUGGUUGGCCAUGAGUGAGGCUGCUCCGACUCAAGGAACGCUCCGGGUGUUCCCCGACCUCCUUCUUUCAAAUGCAUACACUAUUCUCCGUCCAUUCUUCCGCCCCACUGUCCCGAUCGACUCAGAGGAUAUCCUCAAGCCAGAGAGUUGGGUAUUUGACAUCUCAACCCCCGAUUUCCCUGGUAUCUUAAUCAUGCCAGACGGAUUCUCUGGUCCGCGUCCGACCCCGGAACAGCAUCCACACCUCAGGCUUGAGAAGACCAUGACGUCCGUGCCGAAGGUCAACCCAGGAGAUAUGGUUUUCUGGCACUGCGAUGUUGUACACUCCGUCGAGGAAGAGCACACCGGUGCCCAAGAUUCAGCAGUGAUGUACAUCGGCGCGGUCCCACAGACGCCCAUGAAUACGGAGUAUGUCAAGAAACAAGCAGAGACGUUCCUCGCGGGCAUCAACCCUCCCGAUUUUGUCAAGGACAAGCCGAGUACCACAUACGUUGGCUUGGGCGUCGAUGCAGAUGUGAAAGAGCCUAUUGCACGAGUUGCGAUGGGGCUACCAAUCCAAGUUGCGUGAAUAUUACCUAUGACCGAGAUAGACGUUCUUGUAAGACUAGUAUUAAGACGAAUUCAAUACAUAAGGUCAUAAGCUUGGGAGCGUUUGGGAGGUGUCGGGCCGGACUGGCAAAAUGUUGAGAUUUUGUCUAAGAGCUGUUCACCUACGCAGAUCAGUAUAUAAGAGCCACCUUUGCUUCAAGAAAUACAACACUUGGAAAUACAACA